GGGAGCGAAAAUCUGGCACUCGAAUGCCGAACGCACAAGCGUGUUUUCUUUUCCUCAAACAAUAAGCGAGCGCAACAACGAAACCGAAACUACCACGGAUCAAGAAGAAAGAAAGUCCCCGAGACCCAGAGCCGCGGUCCAGAGCGGGCGGCGGCCGGCAACAACGAAACGGGCCAACGCCACCACCUCCACCUCGUCCUCCUCGGCACCUCCCCCGUCGCGUCCAGCGUUCCAGGUCCAGCUCCCCCCGCGAUCCCGACGACCCCGUCCGCCUCGGCCUGCGCCUCCCCGCUACAAGGGUCCGCCCGCGGGCGCCGCGGUACCAGCGAGCCCCUCCUCCUCCACACUCUGCGGCGCGGAGAUCCUGUCCCUGUGCCCCGGACCGAGAGGAGCCAGACGCCGGCGUCUGGAAUUCGGACAUGGAAGCGGCGGCGGCGGUCGUAGGCUUCGGCGCUGGCGCGGGCCUGACCAGGUGGCAGGCGGCGGCGCUGUCGGCGGUGGCCGGCUGGGUGUGGGCGGCCUCCUUCUACGACCUCACGCGCCGGGCGCGCGCGCUCGUCCAGCCGUGGGUCACGCGCCGGGUGCACGCCGAGACGGCGGCCAUUCUCAGGUUCCAGAGGCUGGAGCACAAGUUGCUGGACAAUAUCUUCUCUGUGCUGUCAUGCGUUGUCUCCGUGCCCUUCUACACGGGAUUCCUCCCUCUCCUCUUCUGGAGUGGACACGGCAGGCUGGCUAGGCAGAUGACCCUCCUCAUGGCUUUCUGUGACUACCUCGGCAACUCUGUCAAGGAUAUAGUGUCAGCCGCUCGGCCGUGCUCUCCUCCUGUAAGACGAGUGACGGCUACAGAAGACGAGAAGGAAAAUGCCAUGGAAUAUGGGCUUCCAUCAUCGCAUGCUCUCAAUACCGUUUGUUUGACGGGAUAUUUACUACACUACAUCCUCACGUUUGGAGAACAUGGUAGUGUUACAGUUGCUGCGGGUUUAUCUCUAGCUUUCUUGCUUGUCAUGCUAGUUGGCAUCGCGAGGAUAUAUCUGGGUAUGCACAGCUUGACCGACGUUGUUGCUGGAAUUGGUUUUGGCGUCGUCAUCCUUGCGUUCUGGUUGGCUGUUCAUGACCGUGUCGAUGCCUUCGUUGUCUCCGGGGAAAAUGUUGCGACCUUCUGGGCAGGCCUUUCUCUGUUGCUGUGCUUUGCGUACCCGAAGCCGGAGUUCCCUACUCCUAGCUUCGAAUACCACACAGCAUUCAACGGGGUUGCUUUCGGAAUCGUGUACGGCAUCCAGCAAACAUACUUCCACUUCCACACCCCUGACGCCCCGGUCGUCUUCAGCGCCGAGCUGCCCCUGCUCACGUUCGCCGGGCGCGUCCUCGUCGGGAUCCCGACCAUCCUGGCCGUGAAAUUCUGCAGCAAGGCGCUGUCCAAGUGGCUGCUGCCCGUGGUGUGCAGCACCCUGGGCAUCCCCACCGUGUCGUCCUGCUACGUCCCGGCCCUGAGAGCCGACAGCGGCAGCGGCAGCGGCAAGAACAGGCAGGGCCCCGGGCACCUGCAGCGGCUGCUGUUCUCCCACUUCCCCCGGAAGGCGUACGACGUGGACACGGGCAUCAGGUUCGUCCAGUACGCCAGCCUCGCGUGGUCCGUGGUUGACUUGGUACCGGCCAUGUUCGCCCAUCUGAAUCUGUAGCCAGCUGCGUAGAAUUUCUGCUUCUCUUUUCGAUGAGCUCCCAAUGCGGCCCCCUCCUGCUCGUAAGACAUGGAUCAGCUUACGAGGCUGUAAAUCCGAUUGUCUGGCUGGCUGGCUUCUCCUUCUCGUAUCGUAUGUACCUAGCUGUUCUCACCAGGGGUGUUGUUUCUAUGCAAGUUUGUGUGUGUAGUAAGUAGCAACCAGUAGUAUUGAUUGAUGAUGGAUAGCUGAGACAUUCUUGACGUCAAAGGGAUGCCUUUUCUUGCCU